UCCCCAUGGAAACAAGCAAACGAAGACAUACUGACAGUGCUCCAGGUGAAGUCUGAACCAGCCUCCCCAGCCUCCUCCCACUGCUCAGCUUCCUCCCUGUCCUCCAACACAGACACACUCCUCAGCCAGCAGGGUGUGGUCUCUAAUGGGACAGUUGAUGGGGUGAAGGCUGAGAACCCCCCUACACCCCCCUACAUGUUUGGGGACAUCCUGACGCCCCCCCUCAACACCGUGCAGAUCAGCAUCCCGACUACCACAGGGGAUACCAAAGCACCUCUUCAUUCCACAAGCUCUCGGAAAGCCAGUACGAUCCUGAGCAGCAAGCCGGCGAUCCAGCCCAAACCAGUAUGUGUGACCGCCAUCCCAGUAGCACAAACCAGCAGCCCGGCCAAAACCAUCAUCCUGCAACCAAUACAGAGCAUCGAGCAGACACUGCCAGUCUCCAUUCCCCCCGUUGUUCUGUCCCAGUCAGACCUGCUGCACCUCGGCCCAGUUCCCAGUUUGAUUAAAGUGGAGCCCACAUCACCAGUCACUGGAGCCACUGGUCCCAGCACCACCCCCUUCAACAGCGCUGCCGGCAAACCAGUAACCAGCAAACCCAUUGUACCAGCACCCUGUCAUACUGGGACCAGCAGCUUCGACAUUGAUGUGAAGGUGCUGAGGAGGCAGCAGCGCAUGAUAAAGAACCGCGAGAGCGCCUGCCAGUCCCGCAAGAAGAAGAAGGAAUACCUGCAGGGUCUGGAGACCAAACUACAGGAGGCGCUGUGUGAGAACGAGAGGCUGAGGAGAGAGAACACAGCGCUCAGGAAGAGACUGGACUCCUUCAUCACAGAGGGUUCUGAUACGGUCCGGUUGGGCUCGGCUGGCAGCAGGAAGGCUGUGUGUGUGAUGGCCGUGCUGCUCUUCAUCGCGUUUAGCUUCGGACCCGUCAGUAUCACGGACAGGAAGUUGAAGCCGGCGAGACAGGAAGGGGCAGUGCCUCCUACAGGAAGACACCUUUUGGAGUUCCAGCAGAGACAGGAAGUGGAGCGAGAGCAGGAAAGAGAGAGGGAGAGAGCGAUCACAUUGCAGGAGGAGGAGGAGGAGGAAAAGAGGGGGAUGGUUGAAGGCGAUGAGCAGAGCGAGAGAGCUGGUAAACGAGCACUGUUCAGGAAUGUGACGGCUGCGUUCUCGGAUGUGAAGGACCUUGUUCUCAGAGACAUCGACCGGCUCUUCACCUCCACAGACUGCCGGCAGUUCAACCGGACCGAGUCUCUCAGGCUGGCUGAUGAGCUGAGGGGCUGGGUCCACAGGCACCAGAUCAACCGCAAGAAAGGAGAAAAAAGCCCCAGGGCAAAGAAAGCCAAGAUAGCUCAGAAAGCCCAGCAGAGGAAGAUUAACCUGGCAAGAUACCUUCCAGUACAUCCACAGAGGACGCUUGACAGAGUCCCCUCCAGUCAGCUGCAGCUCUACCCCGGACUCCAGCCCAGGCACCAGGACUUCAUGGAAGCCAUCGACCGCAGAGAGGACACUUUCUAUGUGGUGUCAUUCAGGAGGGAUCACCUGCUGCUCCCCGCUAUCAGUCACAACAAGACCUCGCGCCCCAAGAUGUCUCUCGUCAUGCCAGCCAUGGCACACAACGAGACUGUGUAUAACUCCUCUCGCGGGUACGAGGUGAUGAUGCAGAUAGACUGUGAGGUGAUGGACACGCGCAUCAUCCAGAUAAAGAGCUCCACAGUGCCCCCUUCCCUGAGAGAGCAGCACAGCACCCACAAUGGCACCGCCUCCUCCCUGCACAGUCACCAGGGAAACCAGCAUGCCACACCCACCCAGCCUGACCCCGCCCUCUACAUCACACACGGGGGCGGAGACUGAAACAGGCUGCAGGACAGAGGAAACUUCAUAAAAACGUUUACAAAUUAGGCCAUUUAGCCCAUCAGUGCUGAUCAGAAACAUAACUAGGUAACCCAUUCCGUACCUGUAAUAUCAGGGAUGGAAAUAAGACUCCCAUUCUGGUUUUACUAUGAGUUUAAUAAGCUUGUUGCCUAUUAUUAUUAUUAUUAUUAUUAUUAUUAUUAAUUAGUCAUUUAGCAGAUGCUUUUUUUUUUUUUAUCCAAAGCGACUUACAAAGAAUAGGGGGUGAACUAUGCAUCACAACUGCUGCUGCAGAGUCACUUGCGGUUUUACGUCUCAUCCGAAGAAGGUUAAGUGACUUGCUCAGGGUCACACACAGUGAGUCAGUGGCUGAGCUGGUAACAAGCCUCUUUGUUUAACCACCAAGCCUCCUAUACACUGUGGCUAAUCAAGCUUGUAUUAAAAACCUCCAGUGGGUGAAACUGCUAUGCAAUAGGAGUCGUAUUUCCAUCCCUGAAUAUAAUUUCAGAUUCACUUUUUUAAUUGAACCCUUUGCAGUCCAUUUAUUAAUCGCGCGUCAGGCACGCCGGGUCUAAUUAAUUUUCACACGCGCAGUUAAUUUUAUACGCGCUGUUUAAAAGUAUUUUUUUUCACAGUCAAACGGGUUUAAAUGGCCCUGCAUAUCAACAAAGCACUCACUAGGCAUCUCCAGCCCCGCCCCACCCUUUCAUUUGCUAUAGCGUUCACCUAUGUAAGAAAUAAAUAAUAAUAAUAGUCGUACAUACCGAUCGAUCAUCUCCGGAUCACUCGUUUUAUCACCAAACUCCUCAAUAAUGCGAUCCAAGUCAUUAUUUUAUUACUAUAACAUCUCAAAAAAGCUCUGCAAAUGUCCAUGAUAGUCUCUGUGCGCUGACGCACUCAGCCAGCUUGUUUACUAUGACCGCCCCGUUAUCUGAUACCUGAUACCAUGUAUGACUAUUCAUGAGAUACGCCUUUUUUUUUUUUUUUUUCUUCGACUUGUUUCGGCUCCUGUCGCUCCCACUCGGCAAUUGAAUGGUUUUCUCGGCUUUUUCCGGAGAAAAAACGACUAAACACCCGUUUAUUGCGUUGCUAUAAUGAUGUCGGACCCAGUCCGACAAAGGACCUGUGAGGAAUAAUUGCAAUGUCGGACCCAGUCCGACAAUGGACCGCAAAGGGUUAAUCCACACUAGAUGGUGCUGGCUCCUACUGCUAUAUACACAUGUUGACUUUGGUCAUCUAGCCUGUGUUACAUGUAUCUGGGACAGGCAAUAAGAAGCUCUCAGAAUGAUUGCAAACAUCUGAAAAAGGUGAGGGGGGCAGUAAAAAAGAAAAUAAACAUAAUUUAACAUCUUUUAUUAUUACAAAACAGAGAACAACUUGAGAAGGUAAAGAGAGCUUGAAUUAGAUUUGCUUGUUCAAAAAAAGUAUGAGUUACUGCUGUUUGAACCCAUGAAACGGACAUAGGUCAAGAUAGACACCGGCAAUCAAAAAUCAAAUCAGAGAAUAAUCCUGUGCUUCAGGAACUGAGACGGGAUCUGGUUUGAAUUCAGGUCACAUUCACACUGAGAGCUGUGAAUCCAGUUCAGAUUAACAGGACUCAGUUAAAAUUACCCUCUUUUUAUUUGUGAGUGUGUGUAUAUAUGUAUAUAUAUAUAUAUAUAUAUAUAUAUAUAUAUAUAUAUAUAUAUAUAUAUAUAUAUAUAUAUAUAUAUAUAUAUAUACAUUUUUUUUUCUAUCAUUUAAUGCGCGUUAUUCGCCCUCUGUCUGACCCUCAGCGUACCGUAAUUCAUUCCCUGUGGCACUAUUUGAAUAUACUCGAGUGAAUGCAACACAAUAAGUGCAGCCGUCGUUUGAAUAGAAAGUUAGUCACAGAACUGCAUUAUGGAGCAAAGCACUAAACGUGAAGGACUUAUGAAUGGGAAGUUUAUUUAAAAAAACCUUUCUGAUGGUUCAUUGAAUAGAAAGAGGGUUACUUGUAUCUACAUGAUACAAAGUGAAGUCCAGUAUCACAGAAGUGCGUCUAGUCUGCUGUACCACCUGCGUGCUAAACAUGCUUUCACUUCUCAAAAUACACCUUUUUCUGCUAUAGACAACAACAAUACAACAGCAAACUAAACUUGUUUUUUAAUUCAGGAUCUCUGCAAGCCUGUGCAUCAAGCUACAUCAUGUCAGUAUGAUACAGUGUCCCAUGUGAAAGUAGCCUCGUAAGUAUUUCAGUUAGAUGUUGGCAUUCAGUCCAUGUGCACGUUGGGAGUGACAUUCCUGUAUAAACCCAGUUUGUAAUAACGAGGAUUCCUGUACAAGUCAUGAAGAGGGACCAACAAUAGGAAUCCAGAAAUAAGAAAACAGGGUUUUUAGAUGGGCUGCUUUUUAGAUAAUAAUAAUAAUAAUAAUAAUAAUAAUAAUAAUAAUAAUAAUAAUAAUAAUAAAACAAAUUUGACACUGAUGAAAUCAGUAAUUGUAUCAAUUAAAUAUGCAAUUAAAACCAAGAUUAACUCAGAGUAAAAAUUGUAAUCGCAAGAUUAAUUGCGAUUUAUAUUAGGGCUGUCAAGUGAUUUACAAAAAUAUUUCAUGGAUACAAUUACUGCAUCCAUCUCAUUUAAGUUUGUUUAUCAUCAUCAUUGCCAUCAUCCAGCAUAAAAACCCUGUUUCCAAUUUCUGGAUUCUCUUGUUGUUUGAACAAACUGCUAAAUCACAAUGGAGUCAGUUUAUUACAAGUUGUACUGCAUUUACAAUUAUCAGUUUCCUUUACACAUAAACUGAUGUUCCCACCAUUGCCGUUUUUAAAUAAUAAUAAUUUGAAAUUCUCUUUUUUUCAUAACUUGAAAUUGCCUAAGUAAAACGAAACAUUCACUGAGUAACAGUUAUAUCCUCCUUAAUUGUAAAUAAUAUAAUUUAAAAAUAAAUGUGGUUAUUGAAAUAAAACAAAGCUACAGUGUUAACGGGUCUGCAGAGUGCUCUGUCCAAUCUGACGGGUUUCGUUUGUUGUUGUAUUGUUGUUGUCUAUAGCAGAAAAAGGUGUAUUUUGAAAAGUGAAAGCAUGUUUAGCACGCAGGUGGUACAGCAGACUAGAUUCACUUCUGUGAUACUGGAACUCACUUUGACAGAAAGUGACACUUUGAACCGUCAGAAAGAUUUUUAAAAAUAAACUUCCCAUUCGCAAGUCUUCGCAAGUCCUACAGUUUGAGUGCUUUGCUACAUAAUGCAUUUCCGUGACUAAUUUUAUAUUCAAACAAUGACUACACUCAUUCAAUCCUGGCAUGCACGAAAAUGUGCCGCAGGAAAUGAAUUACGGUACACUAAGAGGGACAAGACAGGAGUGCGAUUAUUGUGUGUUAAAAAAAUUAAUCUCCUAAAAAAUGAACACAUUAAUCACAGAAGUUAAUUGGGAUUAAUUGACAGUCCUAAUAUAUAUAUAUAUACACAUACAGUGCCUUGCAAUUGACCAAUUCUCUCAUAUUACUGAAUUACAAAUGGUACAUUGAAAUUUCAUUCUGUUUGAUAUUUUAUUUUAAGACACAGAAACUCAAAAUCAAUUAUUGUAAGGUGACAUUGGUUUUAUGUUGGGAAAUAUUUUUAAGAAAAAUAAAAAACUGAAAUAGCUUGCUUGCAUAAGUAUUCAACCCCCACACAUUAAUAUUUGGUAGAGCCACCUUUCGCUGCAAUAACAGCUUUAAGUAUUUUUGGGGUAAGUAUGUACCAGCUUUGCACACAGUGUCGGAGUGAUUUUGGCCCAUUCUUCUUGGCAGAUUUGCUCCAGGUUGUUCAGGUUGGUUGGACGACGCUUGUGGACCGCAAUUUUCAAAUAGUGCCACAGAUUCUCAAUGGGAUUGAGAUCAGGACUUUGACUGGGCCAUGUAGGACAUUCACCUUUUUGUUCUUGAGCCACUCCAAUGUUGCUUUGGCCUUGUGCUUGGGAUCAUUGUCCUGCUGAAAGGUGAAUUUCCUCCCAAGCUUCAGUUUUUUAGCGGACUGAAGCAGGUUCUUUUGCAGUAUUUCCCUGUAUUUUGCUCCAUCCAUUCUUCCUUCAAUUUUAACAAGAUGCCCAGUCCCUGCUGAUGAGAAGCAUCCCCACAGCAUGAUGCUGCCACCACCAUACUUCACUGUAGGGAUGGUGUGUCUUGAGGCAUGGGCAGUGUUAGGUUUGCGCCACACAUAGCGCUUUGAGUUUUGGCCAAAAAAGCUCUAUCUUGGUCUCAUCUGACCACAAAACCUUUUCCCACAUCGCAGCUGGGUCACUCUUAUGCUUUCUGGCAAACUCCAGACGUGCUUUCAGAUGGUACUUUUUGAGUAACGGCUUCUUUCUUGCCACCCUCCCAUACAGGCCAGUGUUUUGCAGAGCUCUUGAUAUGGUUGACUGGUGCACCAUUACUCCACUCCCAGCCACUGAACUCUGUAGCUCCUUCAAAGUGAUUUGUUGGCCUCUCUGUGGCUUCUCUCACAAGUCUCCUUCUUGUUUGAGCGCUGAGUUUUGAGGGACGGCCUUUUCUUGGCAGUGCCUGGGUGGUGUGAUGCAGCUUCCACUUCCUGAUUAUUGAUCCAACUGUGCUCACUGGGAUAUCCAAACACUUGGAUAUUAUUUUGUACCCUUUCCCUAAUCUAUGCAUUUGUAUUACUUUAUCUCUAACGUCUGUAGAAUGCUCUUUGGUCUUCAUUUUCCUUCAGAUUCACAGCCUGACCAAUGAUCCUUCAACAGUGGGGUUUUUAUCCAGAAAAUGUGACAGCAACUUUAAUGGUUCACAGGUGGAAGCCAAUGGUAAGGUAAUUGUGUCUUCGUUAGGGCAAUUUCUUUCAUCGGUGUAAACUGGGGGCUUCCACAGCACAGGGGUUGAAUACUUAUGCAAGCAAGCUAUUUCAGUUUUUUAUUUUUCUUAAAAAUAUUUCCCAACAUAAAACCAAUGUCACCUUACAAUAAUUGAUUUUGAGUUUCAGUGUUUUAAAAUAAAAUAUCAAACAGAACGAAAUUUCAAUGUACCAUUUGUAAUUCAGUAAUAUGAGAGAAUUGGUCAGGGGUCUGAAUACUUUUGCAAGGCACUGUAUAUAUAUCCAAUCAUUUUUUAAAAUCUCUUGUAAAUAGCUAAAAAAAUUAAAUAAAAAUAAUGAAUAAUCUUGAAAUUCCAGCCAGCCCCAGCCUUAUUUCAUGUUUGUAGUGUGAUUUCUAAAAUGUAGUUUUCAUUUUUUAUUAUUAUUGUUGUAAUGACUAUCAGUUGUCUGUUAUUAUUGGUAAUUUGUAUAUUUGUGUACGUGUGUUUUUUUUAAAAUUUUUAUAUGUAAAAAUAUGUAUAUAUCCAUCUCCUAACUCUCUCCCCAACAAAUAUGUCGGACAGAUAAGAACCCUCCCACUCAGACCCCUCCCUCUGUCACUCAGACCCCUCCUCCUCCACCCCCGGUCACUUAGACCCCUCCCCCUCCCCCUGUCACUCAGACCCCUCCUCCUCCACCCCCGGUCACUUAGACCCCUCCCCCUGUCACUCAGACCCCUCCUCCUCCUCCUCCCCCUGUCACUCAGACCCCUCCUCCCCCUGUCACUCAGACCCCUCCUCCUCCUCCCCCUGUCACUCAGACCCCUCCUCUCCAUGUCACUUAGACUCCUCCUCCUCCCCCUGUCACUCAGACCCCUCCCCCUGUCACUCAGACCCCUCCUCCUCUCCAUGUCACUUAGACUCCUCCUCCUCCCCCUGUCACUCAGACCCCUCCCCCUGUCACUCAGACCCCUCCUCCUCCUCCCCCUGUCACUCAGACCCCUCCUCCUCUCCAUGUCACUUAGACUCCUCCUCCUCCCCCUGUCACUCAGACCCCUCCCCCUGUCACUCAGACCCCUCCCCCUGUCACUCAGACCCCUCCUCCUCCUCCUGUCACUCAGACCCCUCCUCCUCCUCCUCCCCCUGUCACUCAGACCCCUCCUCCUCUCCAUGUCACUUAGACGACUCCUCCUCCCCCUGUCACUGAGACCCCUCCUCCUCCUCCUCUCCCUGUCACUGAGACCCCCCCCCCGUUUCAACAUGUAUUUAUUUAUUGUGUGAUACCGUUUGGAUAAUGAUCAUAGUGAAAUACUAAAAGAAACACAUUUUUUCCAGACAUAGUCAUUUGAAGACAUUGAGAAAGACUUCUAGUGGAAACAUGUCUCCUUGAAUUCAAUUCCAUUUUCUUUUAUAUUUCUAAAUUUGAGCACUGUGGAGUGAAUGAUAACAAAAUAAAACAUGUUUUUUUGUUUUGUUUCA